AACUGUUGACACGUCUUUGUCCGGGGUCCAUCAUGGACCUUUUGUAUGCAUUUAAAUGCUGACUGUACUGACAGAAGCGAGGUCGUCUUUGCCAUCGUUGGCACCACUUGGGAGCAAAACCUUUUGCUGCGAGUUGGGAAUAAGAGCCAGUCGUCUGUAGCUUUAUUUGAAGCAGAGGAUUUGUCUGUCUGUGGUUUGCACCCUGGAGUGAAUCAAACGUAACGACUCGCAGAUGUUUUUCACGACUUUGUUGGUGUGCACAUUGCCGUGGCAACGCAACUAAUAAGGAUGCUGAGUUAAGCAUGGGAUCAGCUGAAAGCACAAAGAGAAAGCGAAAAUCAGCGUAUCUGAGCAGCGCCCGGGGCGAAGUGAAUUCCUGCACAAGCAUGGCAGACCAGAAAGACAACAUAAAUGACUUUAAAGUCCAGACAGCUAAGCAUCCAAGCAUCACGUCGGUGCCUUUACGGCCGCACGGCGACCAUCCUAGAGACCGGACAUCCAAAAGGCUUUCAUCUGACUCCAACGGGACCAGUGAAGGAGGUGUGGGUUCAUCCACACCAGUGGAGAUAACCGCUUUAGAAGAGUCGUUUCGACGCUUUGCCAUCCACGCUGACACGCGUGCUACCGGCAAGGAGAUGCACGGCAAGAACUGGUCCAAGCUCUGCAAGGAUUGCGGUGUGAUCGACGGCAAGAACGUCACCCUCACUGAUGUGGACAUCGUCUUCAGCAAAGUCAAGAAGAAAUCCUGUCGCACCAUAACAUAUGAUGAGUUCAAGGUUGCUCUGGGAGAGCUGGCGAGGAAAAAAUAUAAAGAAAAAACUGGAGAGGAGGCAGAAGCGGAAGUGUUUAAGCUGAUUGAGGGGAAGGCACCAGUGAUUGCCGGAGUCACGAGAGCAGUUGCGUCUCCAACGGUGAGCCGUCUUACGGACACCACCAAGUUUACGGGAUCCCACAAGGAGCGUUUUGAUGACACCGGCCGUGGGAAGGGUAAGGCGGGACGAGUCGACAUCGUUGACACAUCCGGAUACGUCUCGGGAUACAAACAUCAAGGCUCAUAUGAAAAGAAAGUCUCUAAACCCACCUCAACCAAACCCAUGUGAGGAACAACAACAAGGAGAUAAACAUUUUGCCGACUAGGAUAAUUUUCUAUUCAAUGAAAGCACAAAAGAAUAGGAUUUCAUAUCUUUCCUCCACUCCCAAACUCAUCUAUUUUGUGUGUGUGUGUGAGAGAGAGAGAUAUUUUUGAGUUGCUCUCUUGGUGACGUGUGAGAACUGGAAAACUGUUUACAUUGAUUUCUGCAAAGUCAUCACCAGCUGGUACAUUCCUGUCCAAUAGCGACUUACUGCCGAAGGCUGAAGAGCACAAACGUAAGAAAAGUUUUGAAGCUUCACUGUUACGAUCAGGCCUUUAUGUAUUUAUUCAGCACAACAAACAAGCCAAGAAAAACAAAAGUGGACAAGCGUUUGAUGAAUUAUCAACCAUGUAUUAUUAUUUAGAAUGUUUCUAUUGCCACAUCCAGCUGAAACAAUUUGGUUUGUUUUGGAGCAUGUGAACAAUAAUUAGCACAAAUUAUGAAAAGAUUACGAGUGUUUAUUUCUUGUGAAGACCAGUAUUUAUAGCUCCAAAUUUAAUGUUGUCUUUCUGCCAUCUUGUCUUGUCAACUGCUGAGUCUUAAUGAAAUCUGUUAUUAUUUGCUUACACUCGUUUAAAUAACUUGUCUUCAGCUCCAACUAGGAAAAUUAGGUUAAAGUGGCGUGUCUGAAUUUUCAACGACAUCUAACGAAAACUUUAUAAUCUGGGCCUCGUUUCAUAAAGCAGUCUAAUCUUUAAGUCUACUAAACUUACUUGGUCAAAUAAGGUUAGUUGCCCCACAUCAGUAGCCUAAUCUCCAUUUCACAUCGAUGGCUAAAGCUGUAAAUUAGCCGUCUAAUGUUAGUCGACAGUUUUCAUGGGCAUAAGCGGCUUCGCCAGUGCCGUUGCCGAGAAACGCCGAAUAUGUUGGUUGUCUGCUACAAACAUGGCCAAGUCCGCCACACCACUUGGCGUUUGUAAACAUCUCCAGUGGAUUAUUUCAAUCCCCGAACACCUGCUCUCACAGCAAGGCUCUCCUUCCUUCCUGCUCCAUCAAGUGGUGGUACACGAUAGCUGCCAUUUUUGAGGUAAAACACUGAAGUUUUGUCAACUAAAAUAAGAUUAGCCUCCUCUGUACCAGGCUAAUACGAAACUUUAGCCGACUAAGUGCUUUGUGCAAUGACUAUCAUCAAAAGAUUAGUUGACAAAGUGAAUUUAGUCAACUAAAUAAGAUUAGAUGGCAUUGUGAAACCGGGCCCAGGUCAGCAAUAUAAAAGUAUAACUUUAGUUACAGCACCUGAUCAUAUUCAUGAUGGUGGUUCGCGCUGAUGUGUCUGCAUUUCAGGCCACGAGUGCACACUUGGAAAGAGGGAGGGACCAAGGUUUAGUUUGAAAUCUCAACACGAUGUCGUUGAAAUUUCUGUCAUGUUGCUUUAAGGUUUUGUCAACGUUAUCUGUUUUGUUUUUUCUCUUUGUAAAUAUGGGUGAAUCUACCAAAUGGAACAUUUGUGACCUCCGUCAUGCCUUGCUUUUCUGAAUAUGUG